AGGAUUUUGCAGGCAUAAAAUUUCAAGCGAGCAUGACAGGUGUUGGCCACAUGGCGGGCACAGGCCCGGCUCUACUCUCCAUCUUCUAUCAUACCCACUUACUAAAUCCUUCCAUAAAUCCUCCCCCAUUUUCUUAGAGCUCCGCAGCAGGAGGGGUUGCGGAGGUUCCAGGAGCUAGGGCUCUCACUUUGGGGUUUUUCAAGGUCACAGCAAGCGUCCAUGGCGAAGAAGAGGAAGUCUGAUGCCACCCGGCUCGACGAAGUGGAUCGGACCAUGUACACCUCCUUCUGCGGCGCCGCCAAUUCUCUGUCUCAGCUUUACACUCAGGCGAUGAACCACCAGAGGCUCUCCUUCCAAGCCGGUGAACGUCAUGCGCAGGAGAAACUCUACCAAUGGAUUUUGAGGCAGCAAGAGCAGGGAUUAAGAGUGACAACUGUUGAUAUAAUUGCCUACCUGCAGAAUGAGCUUGACUGUGGAGCAGAGGAGACCCCUGUGUCCCCCCGACUACCAUUCCAGCACCAACACUUCCCAACUGCAGCACACUUAACCAAUUCAAGCAUGCCGGUUUCUUCAAAUUCAUUUGGACCAUCCACUCUUGGACAGGGAACUCGGGCAGGGCAUUCUGAUCAACAAUCUAAGAAUUCUGUUUUUUCAAAUGCUCUCUCCAGCCCAGUUCGUCGAAGCCUUCAGCACUAUCACUUGGGGCAGGGCAGUUACUAUCCAAACAAUGUUAUGUCAUCUGGAAAUGGACUGCGAAAUAAUGAGACUAAUUAUAAUCAGCAACAAAAUAGGGACUUGAAUUCUCUUAGUUCCAAUGACUCUUCUAUGGAUAUGCAUGCAGAUAGUCCUGGCCAUGAAUCUCCUUACUGAAUUUCCCGGCCUCAGAUAUCUUAAAAUUUUCUAUGCUUCUCCUGCAAAAGUGGUAAAUAGGUUAUGCUUAUUACUUGAGUGAAGAAAGAGCAGAAGCUCUGUGCUGAGCCGAGCUGCAAAAAUUAUCAGCUGGUGAGAUUGAGUGUUUGUAUAGGUAAAAAUGAUCAUGCAAAGUGUGUUAAUUGAAUUUGUUAUGGACUUGUAACCAGUAAGCCAUGAAUUGCACUUUCAGGUCGAUGUGCUUUUAGUAUUGAUGCUGACAUUUGGAUUUUAUGUUGCUAAUUAAAUAUUUUUCCUUGGCUUUAAUCAAUCCAUGGUUAUAUUUGAUGAUCACAAA